AGGUAAUGAGUUCUUCCAGUGAAUACCGAUUUUUAACUUAUAUCAAUGGAACCGUAGUUGAUUAUAUCGAAUGGAGGCUUCCACUACAAUUCAUUUAUUCUUUUGAAGUUGGUAUGAUGGUGACCAAUUUCCUUGAAUAUGUCUACACCUUUUAUCUUCUCUUACGAUUUCGUGCAAUGCAUAGCAAUCUACACAUUCUUUUACUUUUAUAUGGUGGACAGUACUUUUUUUCGAUGAUAUCGAGAGCUGUUUUAUUGUAUUUUCAAUUCCAUGAUGCAGAAUCGAUGAAUGACCCUUCAUUUGCUGAUUUGAUUUAUACUGCAAAUUAUACAAGAACAAUUUGUCUUUUUGUGGCAUUUAAUAUGCUCCCGUUUCUUGUUUUUGAAAGAUGCUUUGCGACAUGUUUCGCUGGAACUUACGAAAACGAUCGUCACUAUUGGAUUCCACUUCUCUUGAUUUCUAUCAUGAUGCCCGUUUGUGUAUUUUCAGCAGUGGCAUACAUUAAUAAUUGGUUCUCCAUAUACACCCAUGGCAUUUUGCUAAUUGUGCUCAAUAUCGGUGGCUCACUACUUCUUAUUAUUGUGACAAAAUGCAAUAUUCGUCUUCAUAACUCAUACUCUACACUUGAACAUCACGGUCUUUAUUCAUUGAGUGAACGGUUUCAAGUGUCAGAAAAUAUAAAAACAUGUCAGUGGUUAUCCAGGAUUCAAGGUUCCAUUCUCUUUUUCAACGUCGCGUGUGUAUCUCUGUUAGUUCUUGAAAACGUUUCAAUGAACGAUAAAAUGGUUAUUGUAUCAAACGUGUCAUUCAACAUUUUAUGCACAAUAUACGCUGCAGUGACUCCAAUAAUUGUAAUAAUUUACACACCUGAAUGGACCAGAGAGACAAUAAGAUUGUGGCAUUUAAUAUUUCUUCUUUCAAACACUGACCAACUUGAUCUACGUACAACAUUUGGGGAAGAAAUGAACUAUUCGGAUAAAAAUAUUGAAUCAAAAGUAUAUUUUGACCAAUUGCAAAGAAAUUUAACAGAAGAAGCAAUGAAAAAAUCAAAAAAGAAACAUCGAAGCUCAUCUUGGAAUAACAGUGAACAUGAAAUAUUUCUGUGAUAAUUUUAAAGUUUAUUGUGAUUUCAAAAUUCAUUCAAAUACAUAUUUACACAAAAAUCGAAUUAAUAAAUCAAUUAUUAUUU